UUCGUACUACUGCAAAUGUAACCUGCUCGGCUUCUUCACAAGCGCUUCUCUCUCUUCUUUCUCUCUCUAGAAGAAGCGGAGCGCCAAAAUCUUCCGCCAUGAAUCUCCAAUCUACAACUCACAACUUCCACUUCAGCUUUCGCUGCCCUUAUGCCCAAACCCCUAACCAAAAAUUCAAUCCAAAAUUAACUUCACCCAAUACUGAUCUCCGAAUCACGAGUUGUAGAAUCAAUCACCGCAUUAUCACAAAUUGCAGUGGAACAGACGGCGUUACUCAAUUUCCGUCAAAUGAAGAAGAAAAGGAAGUAGAAGUAUCAGUGUUGGAGAAGAUGCAAACGUUAGAAGAAGUUUCUGAAAACAACGGUGGAGACGAAUUGACGGAAAACGGCAGUUUGUGGGAUCAAGUGACUGAGAUUGUGAAGUUUUCUGGUCCCGCGGUGGGGCUUUGGAUCUGUGGGCCGUUAAUGAGUUUAAUUGAUACUGCUGUUGUUGGUCAAGGCAGCUCCACCGAACUCGCUGCUUUAGGCCCAGGAACGGUGUUCUGUGAUUAUACGAGUUAUCUGUUUAUGUUCCUUUCAAUUGCCACAUCGAAUUUGGUUGCUACGUCUCUUGCUAGGCAGGAUAAAAGUGAGGUGCAACAUCAGAUAUCUACCUUGCUCUUUGUUGGAUUGGCUUGUGGUUUCUUUAUGCUUUUCUUUACAAAGUGCUACGGCCGUUGGGCAUUGACUGCUUUUACGGGAGCAAAGAAUACAGAAAUCAUAACUGCAGCGAAUACAUAUGUUCAGAUUCGUGGGUUAGUAUGGCCGGCAUGGCUUGUUGGAUGGGUUGCCCAAAGUGCAAGCCUAGGGAUGAAAGAUUCAUGGGGGCCAGUCAAGGCUUUGGCAGUUGCAAGUGCCAUUAACGGCAUUGGUGAUAUAGUAUUAUGCAGAUUCCUAGGAUUUGGUAUUGCUGGAGCGGCAUGGGCAACAAUGGUAUCACAGGUCGUUGCAGCUUACAUGAUGAUCGAGGCUUUGAACAAAAAAGGAUAUAACGGUUUCGCCAUCUCUAUUCCAUCACGUAAUGAAUUCCUUCAGAUAUUCACGCUUGCAGCUCCAGCAUUUGUGGCAAUUUUGUCAAAGAUUGUUUUUUAUGCUCUGCUCGUCUACUUUGCUACAGCAAUGGGUACAAAAGCUGUUGCCGCCCAUCAGGUGAUGAUACAAUUAUACUGCAUCUGCGCUGUUUGGGGUGAACCUCUUUCUCAAACAGCACAGUCAUUUAUGCCUGAGCUGAUAUAUGGAGCUAAUCGAAGUUUAUCAAAGGUCAGAGAACUACUGAAAUCGCUGGUCAUCAUUGGUGCAUUAAGUGGACUUAUAUUGGGAUCUAUUGGAACAUUACUUCCUUGGCUAUUCCCCAAAAUCUUUUCUUCUGAUCCUGAAGUCAUACAUGAGAUGCAGAAGGUGUUGAUCCCUUUCUUCAUUGCACUAUGUGCUGCACCACCUAUUAAUUGCCUUGAAGGCACGUUGAUGGCUGGUAGAGACUUGAAGUUCCUAAGCAUAUCAAUGAGUGGGAUCGCUUGUUCGUGCACACUUCUUCUCUUGGGGUUGAGCAGAAGCGGUUACGGUUUAUCUGGAUGUUGGUUUGGACUUGUUGCAUUUCAGUUGUCUCUGUUUACUGUUUUGCUGCGUCGGCUCACCUUACCAGAUGGGAUACUAUAUUCUCAAGACCCUACUCAAAUUCAACUUGGGAAGAUGAAAACUGUAUAGUUACACACUGGAGUAGUCAUCAACUGCACACACAAAAGGUGGGAAUAAAAAAGACAAUGAAAAUAAGUUAUAAGCUGCUCAACGAAAGCGGUAGCUGGAAAAUGGAAGAGCAAACGAAGCUACGCCAUUGGUUCCCAAGGAAGAAUACAAAAGAAACAAACUUUAUUCAGUCAAAUCAAACAAACAGGCCUUGGUCGUGUCUACUACUUGAACAUUAAAGGGUAAAUUACAACCACACCCCUGAGGUAUGGUUAAUUUACGAAAAAAACCCUCUUGUUUGGAUAAUUAUAUCUACCCUCAACUAUAAUCUUUUCAUACAUCUCCACAUUAAUGGUGUCAAAUUCAACAUAAUCAUCUAGAUUUUGUGGAAUGUGCU